CCACAUCCACUAGCUGCUGCUCUCGUCACGGCUGGUCGCCAUAUUACUGAGCGAAUCCGCGCACGGACGGACCUCUGUCGGGUUCGCGAAGGGGCCUUUCUCCAAAAUAUCUCCUGCAAUUUAAACCUCCCUUUACUCCGUUCACCCCAGGAAUCAUUUAUGCAUCUGUCCGAGUAGGGCGUAGUGUUCUCAGACAGGAGUUGUCUGGGAGGGAGGGUUUGUUUUAGUGUUUAAGAGAUGAGUACUCUGACCCAGCGGAGCUCUGGCCUGGUGCAGCGCCGCACCGAGGCUUCGCGCAGCGCCGCGGCCGCAGACAGAGAACGCGGAUCCGGCGACGAGGACUACGAUUCCCGCCGCGGGGACGAGCCGGACGAAGAUGACAGCGGCGACGCUAAGGAAACCAGACUGACCCUGAUGGAGGAAGUGCUGCUCCUGGGGUUAAAGGACCGUGAGGGCUACACCUCCUUCUGGAAUGACAGCAUUUCAUCAGGCCUUCGGGGCAGCAUGCUUAUUGAGUUGGCUUUACGGGGAAGGUUACAGCUGGAGGCCUGUGGUAUGAGGAGGAAAAGCCUGCUUGUCAGGAAGGUUUUAUGCAAGUCUGACUCUCCAACGGGGGACGUGCUGUUAGACGAGGCUCUGAAACACAUAAAAGACACCCAGCCGCCCGAGACCGUGCAAAGCUGGAUUGACUUACUCAGUGGUGAGACAUGGAACCCACUAAAGCUUCAUUAUCAGCUGCGCAACGUCCGAGAGCGCCUGGCCAAGAACCUUGUGGAAAAGGGCGUCCUCACCACUGAGAAACAAAACUUUCUUCUCUUUGACAUGACCACGCACCCACUUACCAACAAUAAUAUUAAACAGCGCGUUAUUAAGAAGGUGCAAGAGGCCGUGCUGGACAAGUGGGUGAACGACCCUCACCGAAUGGACAAGCGCAUUCUGGCCCUUAUUUUCCUCGCCCAUUUCUCCGAUGUGCUAGAGAACGCAUUCGCCCCGCUGCUGGACGACCAGUACGACCUGGCCAUGAAAAGAGUACGACUGCUGCUGGACCUCGAACCUGAGGCUGAAAGCAUGAAGGCCAACACGAACGAGCUGUUUUGGGCUGUGGUGGCUGCCUUUACCAAAUGAAGCAGGUUCAGUUCUGGUGAACGUGUGAUGUGAAAAUGAAACGGUUGGACUGGUAAGAGCAGGUUUUUUGUGAAAUGGUGAGAAACCUGGACAUUCCUUUUCUUGUAGAUAUCUUGCUUUCCUUCUCCUCUCUGCAAGAUUUAUCAUCGCAUCGCUGUCUUUUGUUUUGAUAGCACACAGAGUUGUUUUGUCUUUGCAUUGUUUAUUCAGUUAAAUGCAAUUAGGUACCUACUCACCGUAGACUGUUAACACUUACCUAUUGCAUCACUGGAUAAAAUGUGUUGUUUAUUUUCUUGCCUUGACAUCUGUGUUGGGUACCUAACAGAUUUUACAAUCCAAAUUUAUUUUGCACUAAUGUUCAGGCUUCAGUUUCAUCCAGAAUUGGAUCUGAUUGUAUUUACAAUGUGACAAAAUAUGUGUCCACUUAAAGCAGUACCUGCAAUAUGGUACAAAUGAACAGAUUUAUCAGAAAAUAAAGUACACAGUGUAUCAUAUAUUUUAAAACGGUUUGCUGUCUUGACUUUUCACAUGGAUUACAGAGCUUGAAAAGAAACCAAAAAGGUUGUCGAGGACUAAAUCCUGUUCUAAUAACAAAUGCGUAUGGCCCCUUUUCCACCAAGGCAGUUUGAGUGCUGGUUCAAAGCCUAAUUUUAAUUCAGUUUUUUCUUUUUCGACACGCAAAGCACUAGCUCUGAACCAGGAAAAGUGUUUCUUAAAGGGACACUAUACUUUUUUUGAAAAUAUGCUAAUUUCCAGCUCCCCUAGAGUAAACAUUUGAUUUUUAUCGUUUUGGAAUGUAUUCAGCCGAUCUCCGGGUCUGGCGGUACCACUUUUAUCAUAGCUUAGCAUAAUCCAUUGAAUCUGAUUAGAUCGUUAGCAUAGCGCAAAAAAAUAUUUUUUUUCAUUGAAACUUGACUCUUCUGUAGUUACAUCGUGUACUAAGACUGACGGAAAAUUAAAAGUUGCGAUUUUCUAAGCAGAUAUGGGUAGGAACUAUACUCUCAUUCUGGUGUAAUAAUCAAGGACUUUGCUGCCGUAACAUAGCCUAGAAUAUCGCAACUUUUAAUUUUCCGUCAGUCUUAGUACACAAUGUUACGAUGAUAUUUUUUGCGCUAUGCUAAUGGUCUAAUCAGAUUCAAUGGAUUAUGCUAAGCUAUGCUAAAAGUGGUACCGCCAGACCUGGAGAUCAGCUGAAUGGAUUCCACAAAAAGGUAAAAAUCAAAUGUUUAACUCUGAGGGAGCUGGAAAAUUAGCAUAUUUUUAAAAAAGUGGAGUGUCCCUUUAAGUAGCAACAACACAUUGCUGGUCUAGAAUUAAGAACCAAUUGCGGCUGGGAGCUGAGUUACUGUGACGCAAUACUGCAAGUGUAGCUGAAUGCGAAGACUAACGUUUUGUGUAAAUGAUAAAAUAUGUAUUUACUGUUUUUCUCGAUUAUAACCUCUAUUUAUAUAAAUUACAUCGCACUGCACAUACACAUUGGAUUCUGUUGUGGCUCUCUAGCACAUGGAAAGGCAAACCGGUUCUUAUGGGGCGUACACACCAAACGCAAAUUCGCCGAUUUGCGCGAGAACUUACAUACAAAGUCAAUGCAGAGAUGCGAAUAGAUGCGAACUCAAAAGCCUCAAACGAGUUUUCACGCAA